UUUUCCCAGGAUUGUGCUUUUAACAAGUUGAAGUCGGAUACAGCGCUUAAAGUCUCAUUCCAGGGAAACAUGAGGGUCUAUGGUAAUGCUAAGUGUAACCGAUGGUAUUUCAAGUUCAACGGAAACGAAUGCAGUGGACCAAUGACGAUUGAGGCUGUUAUUUACAAUGGAUGGCCUUCUGGGAACCCUAAUCUGCUGCAUCAUAGGUCAUUUGAGGGAUACUGUGAAAACAUUCCACAAGGGGCGGUUGGAGUAGAAUUAUGGGUAGGACAGUGUAAUGGCCACACCUUGGGUAGUGCUGAAACUGGGUGGAAUUCAGUGUCCCGGAUAAUGAUAGAAGAAGUGACUAGUCCCCAGUCCUAA